AGAGGAAGAAGAAGCCAUUUUGGAUUUGGUAUCAAGCUCCUAAAAUACACAACGCAGCUAACAGGCUAACAGCACUGCAAGGAGUUAAAGAAACUACGCAGGGAAAGUUGGGACCUACAAGUCAUUAGUGCAAUGUGCUAUAUUUCUUAAAUGUGUGCUUUACCACGUUUAUUCGGUUUUCUAAAGUGUUUGAUAAUGCGCAGCACACGUGACUGUUAACUAUUCAGCUAGCAUUUAGCUAGUUAGCAGAGGAGAAGCUAAAUCAUUAGCAUCCCCCGGCGUCAGAAAACGGAGAACAUCACCAGUCAUUUUGUCCAUACACUCUCCUAUAGUGUACUUAGUUUUCACCAAUUGGUGUAGAUGAGUAAACCAGUUUAGACUUAAACCAGAGACACAUCCUCAGCAGCCAUGUACCAGCUCCCUGUGAAUAAUCUUACAAGAAUCAGGAAAGCCAGAAAACAAGUUAAGAAAAACCUUGAAGAUAUAGGGCUUGAGCUUUGCAAGGAGGUGGCAGAGGAAUUUAAAGAGUUCUGCCCAGAUGAACAAACUGUAAAGGAUAGUCUAAGCUAUGACAUCUGCACAUGGGAUCCCACCAACUCUAAAUCACAGGGGUACCGAUCGAAGCAGUUUUGCUGCACAGAGUGCCGAUUUUCUUCCAAAUACUACUCUGGCUACAAAAACCACUUCCGCAGUGUGCACCGGAAAAUCCUGGACAGCCAGCUUCUUCUCAACUGUCCGUACUGUUCGUUCAGUGCAAACAGGAGGACUCUGGAGACGCAUGUAAAAAUAUUCCACAUUUCAAAUCCAUUCCAGCCGAGUCAUGGGAAUCCACGUGCUUCUGUUUUGGGAAACAGUACCGUACAGGGGAACAGACUCGAAAAACCAAUGUAUUUCUGCAAGAAAUGCAAAUAUCGAGACGCACUCUACAAUGUGGUCAGAAGGCAUAUUUAUAGAGAACAUUUUCAGCAUGUUGUUUUGCCUUAUUAUGGCAAGGUUUCACCAUCACUGAAAAACGGUGCUUGCUCUGUCAACGGCAAUAGCAUUUUCUGCAAACAGUGUUCAUAUUCUACUCGGAGCUAUGAGGGUUUAGUGCAGCAUGUUGUAGAGUUCCAUGAACGCAUUGGAUCGCAGGUUACAAACAUGAUCGGACAUGCUAACGUUAUGUCAAAGCCUCAGCCAACCAUGAAUGAGAAAGCUGCUCUGAUCAUCAACAGAGCUAAAGCUCCCAGACCUGAGCCAUCAGUGCAGCCUGUAAUUGGCUACCUGAAGCCUACUUUUAAGAGUCAGCGCAGCAUCCCUGCCAAUCCAAAGCGUGUCACUGUCGGUACCAAUGGUUCUGUAGCUGAAAAUAAUCAAACUGGUGUAAACACAGCCCAAACACAGAAGUGGAAGAUAUGCACUGUUUGCAAUGAGCUCUUUCCAGAAAACCUGUACAGUGCUCAUUUUGAGUGUGCUCACAAGGCAAAGAAAGUUUGGGCAUUAGCCAAAUACAUUAUGAAAAUCCACAACUUCACCAGCAAGUGUUUGCUUUGCAACCGUUAUCUGCCCAGCAGCACAUUACUGAACCACAUGCUGAUCCACGGCUUAACCUGCCCCCAGUGCCACUCUGCUUUCCACAGUGUGGAAAAGAUCAUGGAGCACACAGCUAAGACCCACCCAGAUGAGUUUUUUGGACCCACUGGUGCAGCUCCUUUAACGUUUGAUCUUACCAUCAAACAAAGCAAACCCACUAACAUUCAGCUGGCUGUCCUCCCUUUCAACAUGAAGGAUUCGCCCAAUGGUCAGGAUCAAUCUGCACCUGCACUGCAAUCUGUUCAUCUGCCCGGAAAAGUACCACCGGUUAGAAUUAUGGAAAAACAAGGCGAACCAAGAAGUUUCCCUUCAUUAUUCCAGACAAGCGAAGUUGGGAAGACCGUUUGUCCGCUGUGUUUCUCCAUCCUUAAAGGUCCUGUCUCAGAGGCCUUGGCCAUGCACCUUAGACAGCGACAUCAAGUGAUCCAAACCAUCCAUCCUGUUGAAAACAAAAUGACAUACAAGUGCAUUCAUUGUUUAGGGGUGUACACUAGUAACAUGGUAGCGUCCACAAUCACACUGCACCUUGUGCAAUGCAGAGCAGUUGGUAGGAAUCAGUCAAAUCAAGGCUUCAAAUCUUCCCUGACUCUCAACUCAGCAGGUGCUGGUAUCCUCAAGAGGCAGUUGCCAACACAGUCUCCAUCAAAUCCCAAGAGAAUCAAAAUGAGCAAAAGAACAGGUCCUUUUCGUGGAAGCGCUACUACAUUUGACAGCCUGGUUCUGGAUCCUUCUGGCUGGGAGCACAAGACUCAUGAAGCCAGGAAAGAGUUCCUGACUGCAUAUUUUAACAGACGGCCAUACCCAACUUCCCAAGAAGUGGAGAAGCUGGCCGCCAGUCUGUGGCUGUGGAAAUCUGAAGUCGCUAGUCACUUUACAAUGAAACAAAUGCUGUGUGUGACGAGUUGUGAAACCAAGAGGGUUUCGGUUCAAGUUGGCCUUGACAUGGACGCAGUAAGCAAGCUGAAGCAUUACUUGAUUUUUGAUAAAGGGAGGUUGGUUGGCACCUCGGCUGUUAGAUCUUUGGGCUUAAAGUCAUAUGCUCCAUACCCAAAACCAAAGUGGUCUCCUCAGCCGCCAAACCCUAUAGUGGAUCACAGUGGUUUGCACAUAGAGAUCAUUUCAAUAGAUUCAGACAAUGAAGAAGAAAUGGAGAAUCCUGUUCAGAUAGAUGACACAAACAAAGAGGAGAACAAAACGGUUACAGCAAACCAUGGAGACCAUGUAGAAUUUCAGUGCCGAGAGAAGCUGACAGAAGGGGAUGAACGUGUGGGAAUGGCUGAUCCAAUUGGAGAAGAAAGCAAAAGUCCAAAUGGAAAAGAAGCUGACCUGAUCCAAGAAGAGACCAUCCUGUCAGAUGAUGAAGCAGAACCAAACCAAGAACAGAGGGUUACCCUUGAGGAUGAAAACUUUGAACCAAACCAAGAAGAGGUCAUCUUGUCAGAGGAUGCAAACGUUGAACACAACCAAGAAGAGAAAGUCACACUAGAGGAUGCAAACAAUGAACCAAACCAAGAAGAGGUCAUCUUGUCAGAGGAUGCAAACGUUGAACACAACCAAGAAGAGAAAGUCACACUAGAGGAUGCAAACAAUGAACCAAACCAAGAAGAGAAAGUCAUACUAGAGGAUGAAAACGUUGAACCAAACCAAGAAAAGGUUUUGUCAGAGGAUGCAAAUGUUGAAGCAAACCAAGAAGAGAAAGUCAUACUAGAGGAUGAAAAUGUUGAACAAAACCAAGAAGAGGUUUUGUCAGAGGAUGCAAACGUUGAACCAAACCAAGAAGAGAAGGUAACAGUAGAGGAUGAAAACGUUGAACCAAACCAAGAAGAGAAGGUAACAGUAGAGGAUGAAAACGUUGAACCAAACCAAGAAGAGAAGGUCUUGUCAGAGGAUGCAAACACUGAACAAAACCAAGAGGUUUUGUCAGAGGAUGAAAACGUUGAAGCCAACCAAGAAGAGGUCAUACUGGAGGAUGAAAAAGCUGAUGUACAAGAAGAGUACAUGGAAUCACAUUCCCCACAGAGCGAAACAGAAGGAAAAACAACAUGACAAAAUUAGCCUGCCAUGGAGAGCUUUAUGGAAGACCUGAAGAAAAGCAUGGAAUGACUCCAUGUUAAUUUGCUUUUGGGUCUUGGCUGCAAACCGAUUAUACUGCUCCAUAAAUGGUUACAACCUGGAGGGCUUCCUAAGAGUCAUAACAAUCUGUUUUCAACAUUUUACUCAUUUGCUGCAGAAAAGAAAAACCUUUACCCUAACCUCCAUUGUAUAAUUGUCAAUUCACAUAUAAAUAUAUAUAUAUUAAACAGUUCAAUAUACAAACUGUCAUUUUACCAACAUUGCGGUUCUGUUUUAUAGACCUUUUCAAUUUGCCCUUAGUUGUCACGGCAUAUACAAAUAUUUUUCAGGUUUAUAUGGUUUUAUUUUACUUUUGUCUUAGUCUUAGUUUCAGUGUAUCCUGUUCAUGUUAUUCCAGAUUUAGACGAUUAAAGAUGCAUUUAAAGUUUAUGUACUUGUUUGAAUAAAAAGUUAUUAAAAA